UUCUUAUGAACAGUGGGAGAGGUCCAACCGAAUGUGCCUCAUGGUGAUUAAGAAUUCCAUAUCUGUAGCCAUUCGCGGAGCCAUUCCUGACUCUGAAAAUGCGAAGACCUACCUAGAAUAUGUGGAAGAACAAUUUAAGGGCACUUCUAAAGCACAUGCCAGUACCCUAAUUCUCAAAAUGUUGACGAGUAAGUAUGAUGGAGUAAGUGGUAUUCGUGAGCACAUCAUGAAAAUGUCUGAUAUGUCUAACAAGCUCAAAAGUAUGGACAUGGAGAUCAGUGAAGGUUUCCUCGUUCAUUUCAUAAUGACUUCUCUAC